AUGGCUGACUCGCUAUAUGAACUUUUGGCGCCAUACUUCGAUCAGCCAACGCCAGCGUCCACAACCUCCGACUCGAUACCUCUACUCACAGAUUCUACAACAAAUGCCUAUCUAGCUCGAUUGCCAACUCUCUCGCUACAAUCUCUAACUACCACCGAGCCUUCAUACCUCAAUGCCGCAACCCAAUCGAGUCUGCGCUCCUUGCAGGCACUUUCCAAGCGCUCGCAUCGCUCUGUCGUUACUGCGACCGACCACCUCUCGAACCUCUCUACCCUGCUACCCUCACUAUACACACAGUCGAAAGAGUUAGAAGAUGCAUUGCCAGUCUUGGAGUCGGCCGCCACAAGUUUUGCGACCAAAUAUGACAGAAACACCGAGAACGCCGUACUCGACAGGAGGAAAAGAGCCAUGUUGCUGAGCAGAAAUGUGGAUAGGGUCAGCGAUGUCAUGGAACUACCGACAUUGUUGUCCACUGCUAUUAGCUCCUCGUCAGCUGCCGUCACACAAGGCACUGGAGGCGCAGCUGCCUCUGGCUAUGCUUCUGCUCUUGACUUGCAUGCACAUGUCAAACGUCUGAGGACAUUGUAUCCGGAUUCAGAUCUAGUAGGAGAUAUAUCACGACAAGCUGAUGAUGAAAUCCAGAACCUCGUCACUGUUCUUAUCAAUGGUCUACAGAACCCUGCCCUCAAGCUUGCUGGAGCGAUGCGCAUGAUCGGCUGGCUUCGACGUGUCGCUCCUGAACUUGCUGAUGAUACGUACAGCAGCGUUCAUGGUCAAGCAAGAGGCAGAACCUUAGGCGCUGCGACAGGGGAAGGUUCAUUGGGUGCACUUUUCUUGGUGUGUAGGCUGGGCACAUUACGGCGGACGCUUGAAGCAUUGGAUCCAUUGAAAGACCUUGCGGAUCAAGAGACGAGUCGCCGGUCAGAAAACAGUGCCAACCAAGAAGCCUGGGUGGGAGGAGCGCAAACCGAACGCUACUUGAAGAGAUACGUUGAGGUUUUCCGUGAGCAGAGCUUCGCCAUCAUCUCAAUGUACAAGAGCAUAUUUCCCUCAGCGUUACCGAUUCCGGGAAUGGCUGGGUCAGACUUCACAUCCCCUGCCGGCACACCGACACAAACUACGAGUAUUCCGGAAGAUGCGACAACAUCGUAUUUCGACGCCGACGACGACAAAGCCCCAUCAGCACUCGCGACUUUUGCACCACACCUGGUCGACAUGUUGUCUGAGACCUUACGCGUCUACAUGCCGAAUAUCUCGGAAAGGUCGUCAAGGGACAGCUUGCUCACUCAAGUGCUAUAUUGCGCAAGCUCUUUAGGCAGACUGGGUGCAGACUUUGGGUUAAUGCUGGCCCUCCUCGAAGGCGAGCUGGAUGAGGAAGACGAAGAUGGUGAGGCCGUGCACAUAGACGAGGAUCAACAUGAAUGGGUACAAGUCAUGAAAAAGCACAGAGUGCAAGCUAGUAGACUAGAAAUCCUGGCGAGCGGAGUUGGAUCUGGGCGGAAGACGAGUGCCAGUCUUGACUCUCGCAGGCCUUCCGCCGUUACCGGGUAG